GGCUUACGGAACCGGUUAAAAUAGGAUGUCAACAAGUGACGCAGGAGAGUUGGAACUCAGAGUUGUAGGAGGAGAGACAGCUACGCCUCUGUACGGGACAGCAGAAGCAGCAGCAACAACGCAAGCUACAACUGCAAGAGAACCACAGGAUGAAAUAUUUGGUGAAAGAUUCGAGCAGGAGAAACACCAUGAUGACAAAAGUCCAGCUGGGCAGUGCUCUGACCAAUCAGCCAUCACACAGAAGGAAACACACCAGGCACUAAUAUUGGGAGCGGACGAGCUAAGAAAGGAAAAAGCUUCUUCUUUAUAUGGUGAUGCAGAUGUCCCGAUCCCAAAGCCCAGCUUCACCUCCUGCUUCUCCCUCAGACUCUCCAGCCCCGACAGACCAGAGCUAAAACACAAGAAGGCUUUACACAGAUUGAAUGAACCACAGCAGGUUGAGACCAAGGGCAGCAGUUUUCAGGUUAAUGGAAGAACAUCAACACCAGAAACCUUUAUAGAGGCGCCCAGCAUCUAUCCAUUGUCAGAGGCAAUACCAUUUAGAACCAAGCAAGAAGACGAGGUCAUCACAGCUGAUUGCAAUGAACUGGAAAUUACCAGGGACUUGAGCAGAACUCGAGCUUGUUCAAAUAGUGACUCUGGAACACAUAAGCAUAAUGGCUUGCACAUACUUUUAUGUGGCUCCCAACCAAGGACUGGCACUGGAUCUCUAACUCGAGUUGAGUUAAAGGAAAACAUAAAGGACCUUACAAAGCCUGCAAACCAGGCUGAUCUUCAGGAAGUAGCUGACAACCCCUCUGGAGCCAUGUUGUCUUCCAGCGUGGUUACAGUUCUUGCUCCUCACUGGAGUGGCCGACUGCGACGUUCCAAAAGGUUUGAUGGAACUGGUAACUCAGAAGCCCAGGGAAACACGCAGGAUGGGACAAGUGUUGCAGCAAACCGUGGUUUUCAGCAGUCUCAGAGCCAACGUGGUGUGGAGAGGGUGUUGACAGAUGGACCAGCAAACCAACUGAGGGUUCCAUUUUCGGAUCUCAGGAGGAACACGGUGGGCUGGUCAACUAAAAGUGAUCCUUUGAGCUUGGACUUUGAAUCUAAAAGGGAAAUGACUAAAACGGUCUCCUUGGACGUAAAUUCUGGAAGGAUGGGCAACAGAAAAAUAGACAGAGGUCCUUUAAGCCCUUUGGCUAUCAAUGCGUCCUCUGUCUCUCAACAAGGUGGGCACUCAUCUUCAAGCUCAACACCAACAACCAGCAAUGUACUUCUGUCUUUAAGGAGAUGCAGCAAUGGCAAGAACUUGAAUGCAACCUCUGCCUUGUCUGAGGUAAAUCCUUCCACUCUGAGCGGUUUUCCAAGUGAUCAGAAUGAGAAAUUAUUCACCACACCCCUCUCUCAGAGCUUUCUCAAUAAUAAUGAGCAAGAGAGGCCGAAGCAGCUUGGGAGUUUCAAGAAGAAGCCGGGCAUCCACGGGUCCUCCAUGUGCAAGCCCAGGACUCGACAAGGAAAACUUGGCAUCCUCAUAUGCGGACUUAAAAUAUGGGAUUGAGCCUGGGAAGUCCUUUUCUGUGAGUUCUGUUCUCUCCAGUCGACCCUCUGGACCUGGACGUAUUUCCACUGGAUCCAGAUUCAUGAGCGUGGGUGACCUCUCUCAGUCUACUUUGUCUUGUGGAGGUAAUAGCAGAGACUUGGAUCAGUGGUGUGUCAAACCUGAUUGGAGCACAGCAUUUGAUCGCCAGGCUGCUAACGAUGGUCGAAUGUCAUAUUUUCCAGGCGAUCCUGGUCAAAUGCGAUCGAGAUCUCUGCCUCGAUCGCUGACCAGGUGCUUGGCGAACUGGAGCUCUGGAGACCCUUCUCAACUUGUAAAUACCACAGCUUCGAAGCCCGCUCACCUUCGGAGCCCGAACAUGAACAAUUGUCAGUUUGCAUGGGAUACAGAGGGUCCUCCGACUCCUCCUCCAACACCUCCCCUGUCACCAGUGUCCAGACGCAUGUCCAGACCUCCCAGCCUUUCCUCUCCUACCUUUCCCAGCUCAUCAGGAGCACUACAGCCAGCAGACAGCCAGUCAUCCAGGGGGCAUUUGCCCUCCAGAGGUUACGUAUCCAGCCUUAGCACCUUUGAUGAGUCUUCAGACAGCAACUCAGACACAACAACUGAUGACGAAUAUUACUUAGAAACAGAUAACGAUGGAGAAAAGGAGACAGAAUUGUAAAAGCAGAACUAGUGCUUUAAAAACACGAGUUUCUGAAACAUCCAUGAGAAAGAGGAGGGGCUGUAAUCUUUCAUCUGCUUUUCUCCUGCUUUUGUUGACUCUGUUGAGACCUGAAGUCAGUCAGGACAGAGACGAGCCUGCAUGAUUUGCUUUUCAGAAGUGGUGGUUGUGGUCAGGGUAAAAUCGUAUACUGUAUGAGUGAGCAUGGAUUUUCAGCAUAAGUUUAAGUACAAGUACUGUAUAUAUUUGACUGCAGAUCUGUAAUUCAUGGAUAACAAAUAUCCAUUUCAAGUUUGUGUCGCAUGGCAUCAGUGAGGUGUAUACUAUAUCUGUGUAGUAGUUUUAAAGGAAAAUACUUUGUAAGGUUAGGCUUUUGGCACAAGUCUUAUCUUUAGGUUUGCAUUUCAUCCUGUUAGGUAGCAAUAAGUACUGAGGUAAUGUGGAUAAACGUGCUGUCAUGAUAUUUCAUCAUCUGUGUUCUGCUAGGUUUACAAAAAAAAAAGAACUGCAUUUUGGUAAAUGUUCUAAUCGUAAAGCUGAUAUUUUCUUAGCCAAUUUUUUUAAACAGGCAGAGUGUUGCUUUCAAAUGAUUUUUGUACUUAGGGAUGAAAUAUGAACUUGAUAUGAUUUAACAUUUUGUUUUCAACCCUUAUAAAGUGCUCUAUCCAGUGCCUGCUCUUAUUUGCACA